AUAAGAUCACAGAGAGUACACAACACAAAGGAGAAGCCAUACAGCUGUGAAUUUUGCAACAAAGCUUUCUCAAGUAAAAAGGGAAAAGUGAGGCAUGAAAGAGUACAUACAAAGGAGAAGCCGUACAGUUGUAAGAUUUGCAAUCAAGCCUUCUCGCAGAAAAACAGUUUAGUUAAGCAUAUCAGAGUCCAUACAAAGGAGAAACCAUAUAGCUGUGAGAUUUGCAGUAGAGCUUUCUCUAAUAAAUUUAACUUGAACCAGCACAAGAGAGUACAUACAAAGGAAAAGCCAUACGUCUGUGAGAUCUGCCAUAAGGCUUUUUCCCAGAAUAGUGUUAGAGUGAUGCACAUGAGGGUACAUACAAAGGAGAAGCCAUACAGCUGCAAGGUUUGCAGCAAGUCCUUCACUGUGAAAUGCAGUCUAGUAAAGCACAUGAGAGUACAUACAAAGGAGAAGCCAUACAGUUGUGAGAUUUGCAGUCAAGCCUUCUCGCAGAAAAAUAGUUUAGUAAAGCACAUCAGAGUUCAUACAAAGGAGAAACCCUAUAGCUGUGAUGUUUGCAAUAGAGCCUUCUCUGAUAAGUUUAACUUGGGGCAACACAUGAGAGUACAUACAAAGGAGAAGCCAUAUGUCUGUGAGAUUUGCAACAAGGCCUUUGCGCAGAAUAGGUCCCGAUUGAUACACAUGAGACUACAUACCCAAGAGAAGCCAUACAGCUGCGAGGUUUGCAGUAAGGUCUUUACUUGGCAGAGCAAUCUAAUAACGCAUAUGAGGGUACAUACGAAGGAGAAACCAAAUACCCUGUGAAGGUAUACUAGAAGUACAGAAAAGAUAUGAAGGAGCAAUGGAGCUGAAGUUUCUCUAUGAAAAGGUGUGCAGAGCCAUAUAUAAGCCAUAUGUAAGCAUUCUUAACCCCUUCUGGAUGGGUUAAGUGUACAGGCGUGAUAACAUUCCGCUUGGUCUGCAGGGUACGGCUGUACUUGCAAUGAUGGGCCAGAGCACGUGGAGCGGGAAGUUCAAUUUCAUGUAGUGGACUCCCGCAUCCAGUGUUUAUUACGCUCAGAGAUUUCUGUCACCUGUUGGUGUUGGGUUAAGGGAAGAAUACUUUAAUGUAUAUAAGGCUCACAGGCCUAACAUGUAUGAGAUCUAGAAGUAUACUCUCACCCAUAGAUUUUUCAUAGGGCACAUGAGAAUCACCAUUAAAAAAAUAUCUACAAGGAAGACACUUCCUCUUGACAUUAUUGUGGGAGAUUCAUUAUAGAUUUUAAAAGUUCUGUUUUUUUGAUUUGUGUUGUAUAUGUUAUUGUUGAUGUGUUGUUUUUGUCAUGCGUUAUGACCUGUAUUUUAGUCUCUGUAGAUGUUAACGCCUGCUGACCACAGGCAGUGAAAAGACAGACAAUAAUGUUCAUAGCUUUUGGAGAAACUUCUACUGAUGUAGAAGUUUAUACAUGGGUGUUGUAUUAUUAUAGUUACCUGAGGAAACAUUGUUUAUGUAAUACACACUAGUGUACAAAGUCUUUUUAUAUAAACAGGUAAAAUGGAUUCAAGGAAAGAAUUUUAAUAUUGUCUACAUGCAUAAACACUCAAACAUAUUUACAUCUACGUAUAUUUAUCUGUGUUUAUGAAUGUAUCUAUCAUAUCCAUUUAUCUAUCGCACUUUUCCAAUAACAUGAGAAAGGAAUCAGGAUUAUCUUUAUAUUGUUUAUAUUGUUAGCAUCUACAAAAAUCAAUCUCUACUCUGGAAGAGUUAUAUUUGAAAUAUUUCAUUAUAUCUUUAGUUAUAAUUUUUCAUAUAUAAUAAAAUUGUGUUAAAUGCAUCUGUUGUAGUGUGAAGAUAUCCAUUCUCAUUCAUACUUCUUCCUAUUUCUAUCAUAAUGAACACUAUUAGUUCAUAUCUUUACUUGCAUUCUGUUGACAAGUUAUCUGCACGAGUGAGGCUUUAGCUGCGCGCCAGUCCGCAAGCUUUAAGCCAGGGGAGCCUGGGGAGCUCCCCUGUGUAUAGUGUAUAUAUAUAUAUAGUGUAUAUAUAUAUAUAUAUAUAUAUAUAUAUAUAUAUAUAUAUAUAUAUAUAUAUCAUAAUAUGAGCAAUAUGAAAAUUAUGAUUUUCAGUUAAGAAUUUUAUGUCACC